AUGGCUAAGGUUCAAGGUCAUGCCGACGCACCAUUUGAUAAUCUCCGUGCUCUUCUAGAGGAGCAAAUUGCUUCUGGGGACGAGCUUGGUGCUUCGAUUUGCCUCAACGUGGAUGGCAAGAACGUUGUCGACCUCUGGGGAGGCUUUUUCGACGAGGCACGUACCAAACCGUGGGAAAAGGACACCGUCGUCAAUGUCUGGUCAUCCACCAAGACUGUCGCAGCACUAGCUGCGUUGAUGCAAGUAGAUCGAGGUCAGCUUGACCUCGACGCACCAGUCUCGAAAUACUGGCCUGAGUUCGCCCAGAAUGGUAAAGAAGGUGUUCUCGUCCGUCACUUCCUCUCCCAUACGUCUGGCGUGUCUGGAUGGAAGGAAGAUAUGACGGCCGAAAGUGUCCAAGACUUGUCCACUGCUGUCCCAAAGCUGGCGGCGCAGGCGCCUUUCUGGCCACCCGGGACUGCAAGCGGGUAUCACGCCGUGAACAUGGGCCAUCUUAUCGGGGAGUUGACCAGACGCGCAACUGGAAAGCCGUUGAAGCAAUUCGUGGCCGAGGAAAUUGCUGGGCCCUUGGGAGCAGACUUUCAAAUUGGCGCGCUUGAGAAGGACUGGCCACGUAUUUCACCGGUCAUCCCACCGCCACCUAUGCCAAUGGACUUUGCCUCUCUGCCCCAGGACAGUCCAACAGUGAGGAGUCUGGGGAACCCGCCAAUGGAUGCAACUGUUGCAAUGACACCAGGCUUCCGCAAAACAGACAUGGCUGGAGUCAACGGCACGGCCAACGCACGAUCGCUAGUCCGCAUACUAAGCGCAAUUACCUUGGGCGGUACCCUCGACGGUGUCAAACUUCUCUCACCACAGACGAUUGAGAAGAUCUUCGAGGAGCAGGCCAACGGGACCGACUUGGUCGUUGGUGUUCCCCUCCGCUUCGGCACUGGAUAUGGCCUCACGGGUGGCGGAACAAGCGAGUCGGUGUCGUGGCUACCCAAGGGCAAGGUUUGCUUCUGGGGUGGAUGGGGAGGAAGUAUCAUCCUCAUGGAUCUUGAUCGGAAAGUCACUCUGUCCUACACCAUGAACAAGAUGCAUGCGGGAAUUCUUGGAAAUGUUAACUCCGAGAAGUAUCUCAAGGCGGUGUACAAGGCCCUCGGCGCUGAAGGCUACUGA